ACGAAUUACAUUUUAUUUCCAAAUGUUAUACCUGUGUUUAAAAUAUACCGGAUUAGAUUCUAUAUAAGCGUUAAAAAAAUCGGGUGAUUUAUUGGAGCCUUAUCAAAUUAUUUAGUUAUAAAAAGUGAGUUGUAAAAAUACAGUCAUGGAAGAUUUCUAUUCGGCUAAUUUCAAAAUAUUUUUGUUAAGUUGAUUUUGCUAGUUUGCUAUUUUGCUUUGAUAUUGCUAUUGUGUUUAUAGUAGGUAGUUCACGUUAGCUAUUUUAUUUUACUAAAAAGUAAUAAUCGUAUUGAAAAAUGACUGUUACCUAUACAAGUUAUGUGACUACGAGUACUGGAUUAGGAUGUUUUCUUAAACUAUUAAAAAGGUGGAGGGGAAGCAUCUAUAAAAUUGUUUGGGCUGAUCUGUUGUUAUUCUUAAGCAUCUAUUAUGUACUUAAUCUUAGUUAUUUAUAUGCUAUGGAUGAAACAACAAAAGGGUACUUUGUUAAAAUGGUAAACUACUGUGCAAAAAAUGUCAGCUUGAUACCAUUAAGUUUUGUAUUAGGUUUUUUUGUAAAUAUUGUCUAUAGCAGAUGGUGGAAUCAGUUUACUUGUAUACCAGCACCUGAUAACUUAGCUAUUAUUGUUGGUGCUUGUAUAAAAGGACAGGAUGAACGUGCUAGAAUUGUACGACGUACGAUAGUACGCUACAUUUGUGUAGCUUUUACAAUAACUCUUACAAUGAUGUCUCCUAAAGUAAAAAAGCGAUUUCCUACAUUAAAUCAUUUGGUCGAUUCCGGACUACUUACCAAAGAGGAAAAGAGAAUUAUAGAAGAUUUGGAUAAAGAAUAUCCAAAUUAUUCAAAAAAUUGGCUACCGUUAGCUUGGGCGGCUAAUGUCACGACUAGAGCACGACAUGAAGGUAUUAUACGAGAUGACUCUUCAGUUAGAGGUAUUUUGGACCAAAUAAACAAUUUUAGAACAAAAUGUGCUGAGAUGUUGGCAUUUGAUUGGAUUAGUGUACCUCUCGUUUAUACUCAAGUAGUAACAAUAGCUGUUUAUAGUUAUUUUUUGGUAACGGUAAUUGGCAACCAAUUUAUAGAAGCAGAAGACACCAACGUUGACCGGCUAAUAUUCAGUUUUCCUUUUAUGCCGGUUCUUGAGUUUUUUUUUUAUAUGGGCUGGCUUAAAGUAGCUGAGACUUUAAUCAAUCCUUUUGGGGAAGACGACGAUGAUUUUGAUGUGGUUUGGAUGAUCGAUAGAAAUAUACAGGUAUGUUAUCUACUUGUAGACAAAAUUCAUCAAGAUCAUCCUAAGUUAAUGAAAGAUUACUAUUGGCAACAAACUGCUCCAGAUAGUUUACCAUUUACUGUUGCUUCUCAACAGUAUAUGAAAGAAAUUCCUAUACAGUCAGCUGAAAACCUGAAAGUCAAGAAAACUGACCAAGAUUUAAUUAUACCUGAAGCCAAUUUACAUAAUCAUAACCAUCCUCAAAAAAAGUCUUUAUGGUCAGCGGUAACCAAUGUCCUAUUUUUAAGAGAAAGACGAAAUAAUGGUUAUCAUUUAAAAAGAAUAGCAAUUGACGACAAUAUUGAUUUCUUUGAUGAGAUCAAUAGUUACGAACAAGAAGGCCCAAAUAAAAUAAGUUUCCCCAUGUCUUCAAAGACUAAAUUUAAUGAAAACGCUGAAGAAUUUGAAUUUCUCAAGAAACAGCGCCUGGAGAAGCAAAGGCAAAAAUUACUAAAAUAUGUUGAGUUAUUAAAAAAUAGAACAAUUUCAGAGAAUGAAACAGAUGAUGAUAAAAAAAUUGUUGAAGAUAUCAUUAAAUAAAGAUCAUAUAAAAUAUAAUAACUUUUAAGAUAGUAGAACUA